AGUUAGUCAUAUUUUAUCGAUAGGUAAGAUACUACAUACAGGCCAUAGUAGCAAAGAUCGAAGUAAUCAGUUCUGUCAUCAUUUUCAUCUAGUAUCGUCUAUCAUCAAUAACGGAGCACGAAACUACAAUGAACGACUUUGUGCUACCGGAAGUUCUAAAGAAUGAAUAAAAUCAGUUGCCACCUUUAUAACAAAUAGUUACCUGUAUUUUUUAAAUUGCGGGUGUCCAUAAAAUUAUAUAUCAUGAACUUCUACCUUAACCUAAAGAACAAGGAAACAAACUCAUUGGAACAAACGUGUUGAAAGAAUUAUCUGAAACAAAUCAUUUAAAAUGUGCAUCAAAAUUAUUUACUGUUUAUUUUUCAUUGCUGUCGUGUCAGCGCGGCAUACAGUACGCUACGAUGAACUUGAUGACGAAGACCACCAUUUGCUGCGAGCGGCGUAUGAGACUCCUUCCUACGAUCACGACGAGUACCAAGAACAGGAUGACAUGUCCCUAGGCAAGCUGGACUUGCUAAAAGACGGGCUGUGGGCUGUUAAGGCUAAGAUAAAAGAACUCAAAGCUUUUAAUAAAGCCAUGGCAGCUAAUUUUCUGGCUACCAAGCUAAAGGUGAAAGAAUUGCUGGCGAACAGCAUCCCUUUGAAGAAACAUCAUCAUGCGGAUAAGAAACCGUCGUAUAAUUAUCAGGCUCCAUCAUAUCAGCCACAGUACUCGGCACCACAGUACACAGCGCCGGCGCCCCAAUACCCCGCACCUCAGUUCUCCGUGCCUCAAUACUCCGCGCCCCAGUACUCUGCGCCCCUGCAUGUGGAGCCGCAGUACAUCGAGCCCCACAACCCACAAUACGUGGAUCCCCAGUACGCACCCGUACGGCAUCAACACGAUCCCUACUAUGGACAUUAAGACUAUCAGACCUUCUUUUGCCUUGCAUAAUUUAUUUAUCAAAUACCUUUUAAUUUUGUCAUCGCUCUAUAUUCUUUAGCAAAGAAAAAGGGUUGAUGUUAAUAUUUUAUCAUUAUUCGUUAUCCAAUGUUCAAUUUUAAUUAUGUACUUACAUUGU